AUGGAAAUAAAAGUAAAUACACUCACAAAUGACAUAAAAGAAUUUCAAAAACACCCAAACGAAGAGAUUAAAUGGAGGCUUAUCAAAAGAAUUUCUCAACAAAAAAAUCGUAAUGUCUUACUUAACAUUGCUGUUGGUCCAUUACACAAACAAAAAGAACUUGAAAAACAACGACUUGUAGAAGAGAUUCGACACAGACUAUCAAACCCUGCUGUAAAAGGGUGUGCAAUAAUCAAUUCUGAAUGUCAAAAAACUAAAAAAAAUGAACAAGACCUAUAUGAAAUGCUGUGUGAAUUAGAAGAACGAAUUGAUAAAAUCCGAGCAUCAUCAAAACAAAAAGUAACAGUUAUGGAACAUAACAAAGUAGAAUCAGAUAAUAAGUAG